AUGGCCUCCCAGUGGACCCGCGGGAACAGCGCAGAGAAAAAAGUCCCUCACACUCGUAUGGAGGAUGAGGCCGACAUCCAGAAAAUUUACAUGUUUGGGAGGAAAUUAGGUCAAGGUAGUUUUGGGGUCGUCUAUGAAGCCACUCAUAUUGAAACACAAAAGAAAUGGGCCAUUAAAAAAGUGAACAAAGAAAAGGCUGGACGUUCUGGGGUAAAACUUUUGGAACGGGAAGUAAGCAUUCUGAAAUGUGUGGAUCAUGACCACAUUAUACAUUUGGAGGAAGUUUUUGACACUCCGAAGAGGAUGUACCUGGUGACUGAGCUCUGUGAGGGAGGUGAGUUGAAGGAGCUUCUGCAGAAAAACAAGUAUUUUACUGAGGAGGAGACCAGACACAUUAUCCGUAGCUUGGCAGAGGCCAUCGCUUACCUGCACAAAAAAGACGUUGUUCACCGGGACCUGAAAUUGGAAAACAUUCUUGUGAAGAGUUAUCACCAUGGUGAGGAUAAUGGCAUGAUCAAUAUCAAGGUCACAGACUUUGGGUUGUCGGCACAGAAGGGUGGAGUGGGCAGUGAGAACAUGCUGCAGUCUACGUGUGGAACUCCCAUUUAUAUGGCACCUGAAGUGAUCAAUGGUCAUGAGUACAGUCAACAGUGUGAUGUGUGGAGCAUUGGUGUUAUCAUGUACAUGCUGCUGUGUGGAGAACCUCCAUUUAUGUCCAGUUCUGAGGAACGGCUGUUUGAACUCAUCAGAAAGGGAGAGCUCACCUUCUCUAGCCCUGUGUGGGACACCAUCAGCGAUGCUGCCAAAAAGGUGUUGCACUGUUUGCUGAAAAAGGACCCAGCCCACCGCAUCACAGCCAGUGAGCUGCUUGAUAACCCGUGGAUCACAGGAGACACCUCCACCUCAACUACACCCACUAACGUGUUGGAGAUGAUGCGUCAGUUCCGUGAUGCGAUGAAAGAUGGAGAGAGUGAUGAGCUGAGUGCGGGGUUGAAGAGCCUCUCUCUCAGUCACUCUCAGGACAGUCUGAGUGAACCUGCCGCCUCCCCGCAUGUUCCCUCACCCACACCAAGCCACAGCCAGAGAACAACCAGAGCAGAGGGCAGCCUUGCGCCAGACACAGACAGCCACAGCAGCAAGCCUAGCACCCCCAGCAAGCAGCGUAAGAAAAAGAAAGCUGUUGCUUCUUCAUCUAACGGUGUGAAGAGAAACGGAUCCGUUGGAAAGAGCUCCUGCGCACAGAGUCAGCCGACUGCACAGGUUGUAAACCCUCUGGUCAGUCGAGCGCAAAGCAGGUCAACCCACCGGACAAGAUUGAGAGCAGUCCCUCUGCUGUGGGAUCCGCUUCCAAACCAGCAGCCGGAUCAGAGAAGUGCGAGGUCCCGGCACACGCCCCCGCCUCCGCCCCCGCCCCUGCCCCCACCGGUGCCAGAGCUGGACACUGUUCCCCUAAAGCAGCCACCAGCACAAAAGCCAAAAAGAGCAGCUAGGCCCCAGCUGCUGCAUCAGUUGAUGUUGGUGGAGCAGCCGCGGCAAGUGCCAAAGCAGAAGAGCGCAGUGCACGGGCCUCACAGGGGCACGGCGAGGCUGCUGGACAGAUGA